GAUAAUUCUCACAGAGAUGUGUGUGCCGAUUGAAGGGCCAUGGCUCAAGUUGGCGGGGCCAGGUUACAUGAAUAUUUGAUAUAUAUUUGACAACCGGAUCGAGGCUAUCGUCACUGUGAAAUUCGUUAGAGGACAGACAAGGGAAAAGAUGGCACAACAGUUAGCUAAACCUGGAUCUGGAGGGCAGAUGCCUAGAAUUCCCAGUAAAAACCGAUCAGCACAAAUCAUAGUAACUUCACCAUCCAGUAAGUUUAAUUUGGAGAGUGCUGAGCAUGAAGGAGAUUUUGUUCAAGAACAACAGUUACAGGCUGCUGAUGCACGCUCUCAUUUGGAACACAUGUGUUGCCUGAAUAUAGAUUCAGAACCUCAUAUGGUUCGUAUGUCUGGCAUUAUAUGUACCAUUGGACCUGUUUGUAAAGAUGUCCACACUCUCCAAAAGAUGAUUAUUGAAGGAAUGAAUAUAGCACGACUGAACUUUUCUCAUGGUACUUAUGACUAUCAUAAAGGAACUAUCGAUAAUGUACGAAAAGCAUCCACCGAGUUCACUGAAAACAGACCUAUUGCCAUCGCCCUGGAUACCAAAGGUCCAGAAAUCAGAACUGGUCUUCUUGAAGGGGGACCAUCGGCUGAAAUUGAAUUAAAAACUGGAAAUACGAUCAAAUUAUCUACUGAUGAACAAUAUUAUGAAAAAUGUAGUGCAGAUAUACUCUAUGUUGAUUAUAAGAAUAUUACUAAAGUUAUGGCAGUUGGUGGUCGAGUAUAUAUUGAUGAUGGUCUUAUAUCUGUUGUUGUUAAAGAAAUAGGUGCUGAUUUUCUACUAUGUGAGAUUGAGAAUGGAGGUGAUUUAGGAAGUAAAAAAGGAUGUAAUCUUCCUCGUGUAGCUGUAGAUUUACCAGCUGUAUCAGAGAAAGAUAAACAAGAUCUAUUGUUUGGUGUAGAAAAUGGGGUAGAUAUGGUGUUUGCAUCAUUCAUUCGAAGUGCUGCAGGUGUGAAAGAGAUUAGAAAAAUUUUAGGAGAUAAGGGAAAAAAUAUUAAAAUAAUUUCGAAAAUAGAAAAUCAUGAAGGUGUUCAAAGGUUUGAUGAGAUUUUGUCAGAAUCCGAUGGUAUCAUGGUUGCCAGGGGAGAUUUAGGUAUUGAAAUUCCAGCAGAGAAAGUAUUUUUAGCCCAGAAAAUGAUGAUAGGUCGAUGUAACAGAGCUGGUAAACCUGUUAUUUGUGCCACACAGAUGUUAGAAAGUAUGGUUAAAAAACCACGACCAACAAGAGCUGAAUCUAGUGAUGUAGCUAAUGCUGUAUUAGAUGGAGCUGAUUGUGUUAUGUUAUCUGGUGAAACAGCUAAAGGGUCAUAUCCUCUAGAAUCUGUUAAAAUGAUGCACAAAAUUUGUAGAGAGGCUGAAUCUGCAGUCUUCCACAAUCAGACGUUUGAAGAAUUACGUCGUGAAACACCAACGUAUACAGAUGCUACACAUACUAUAGCUAUAGCUGCUGUAGAAGCUUCGUUUACCUGUAUGGCAUCUGCUAUCAUAGUUAUUACAACGUCAGGAAGAUCUGCAUUUUUAGUGUCGGCUUAUCGACCAAGAUGUCCUAUUUUAGCCAUUACAAGAAAUGCCCAAACAGCUCGUCAGUGUCAUUUAUAUCGUGGUAUCUUUCCUAUUCAUUAUACAGGUAGUCAAUGUAGUAGAUUGGAUGACGGUGAUAUACAACCUACUGAUGAUAAAAUGAAUGAAUGGACUGCCGAUGUAGAUCGUAGAAUAUGGAGAGCCAUUGACAUUGCAAUGAACCGAAACUUUUUACGGGCCGGAGAUCCGGUUGUAAUUCUGACUGGAUGGAAGCCUGGAUCUGGUUCAACUAAUACCAUGAGAAUUGUCACAGCUGCAGAUGUAAAAGACAAAGACGUACUGCCACCUAUUGUUGGAAUCUCUAGUAUCCCAUCAUUUACUAGCAUUGAGUCCGGUAUCGAGCCAAGCGAUUCGUCAGCAUCUGUUCCAGAUGAUCAAAAUGUCCGAUUCUUUUAGAUAAACUUACAUUUCACAUGUGUAGCAUUAUAUAUAAAAGUAAUUGUUAUUUUCCUGUAUGUUACACCAAACUUGGAAGUUGGAACUUGUGGUGUUCUAACCUUUAUGUUAUUGUAUUGUUUUAAGCCAUGAGUAACAGAUUCCUUUGCUUUCUGUUGGUGCCAGAUAUUAUGAGAUUUUUUUAAAACUGUUUAUUAAUUGUUGAACUAAUAUUGUUCUACACUAUUCAGAUCUUAAGUCAUCUUCAAAUUGUCAAGAAAGGGUUUCAAUAUCAGCAUUAUUGUACCUCACUUGAUUGUAUGAAGAGGAAUAUAUAGACGUGUAAACAGCUUAAUGGACAAAAGAUGGGUUGAACAACCUACUAAUACUUUGUGUUUGUUUUAAUAACAUCUUUUACAUUGUUUUAGCAUUGUAUUUAGUUUGGUUAUUAUAUUUUUAGUGCCAUUUUGUUUGAACAUUUUAUUUAAGCAGUUGGAGGAAUAAUGUAUGAUGCUUCUUUAAUAGAAUCUUAAAGAGAUUAGAUGUAAAUAUACGUAUACAGUUAUUUUUUAACUUUGUUGCUGUUUGAUCAAAACAAAGCCAGUUAUGUAAAGAAAAGCAUUAAUAUAUUAUAUUGAUGUACCUGUGUGGUACUAUCUUGAAAAAUUGUAAUUGUUAUGAACAUCUCCGAGUUAACUAUAAAUUAAGAUAAGACCCCCGUUUUAAUGAGUGCUCCUUUCAUAAAGAGAAAUUUUUGUCACUGUUAAUGUUAAGCAUUGCAUAUUUAAGGUUUUUGUUAGUGAUACUACUGUUAUUACAAUAAAUUAUAUAGCAAAACCUAAA